AUGAGUACUGAUGUGGACGUGGAAAACAUGUUUUCCCUUGCAAGAUCCUUUGGCGUUACCCAUAUCAACGUUGUGGUUGACUCGCAAAAUGAGGUGGAUGAUUUGAUUCGAGGUAAGCAAUACGGUGGGACAAUCUUCGCAAGUCAAAUGGAUCCUAACAUUGAACAAUUUUCAAGGGCCGAAACGGACGGAGAUUUGUUGCCUAAUUAUUGUCGCCACAGUGAGAAAACGUUGAUGACAGUUGAUUGGUCACAUGGUAUUAGUCACGUAGGCCAAUGUUUUGAAGGGGGUGUUGCUGCAUUCCGUUUGGUUCUGUCCAAAUAUGUUAUUGAGUGUGGGUUUGACUUCAAAUUUGUGAAAAACGAUUCAAUGCGGGUCAUGACUGUGUGCACGUUGCGAGAGCAAAAAUGGUGUACAUGGUGGUACGCAGAUGCAGUUAUGCAGUAUAAUCCUGAGAGUCAUGUGAACUUGGGUUUCGAGCAGUCAACCGGCCGAUUUAAGCGGUUUUUCAUAUCAUUCAAAUCUUACAUUGACGAAUUCAACCAUGUCCGUCCAUUAUUGUUCCUUGAUGACAUUUUUUUGAAAGGGAGAUUUAAAGGCAAUUUGCUUGCAGCGACGGAGAAGGAUGGCAACAAAGGUUUAUUCCCAUUAGCUUUCAUUAUUGUUAACUCCGAAACGACUGCAAAUUGGACUUGGUUUUUAGAGCACCUGAUAAACGUUGUCAAUAGUGCUCAAACAUUAACUUUCGUAUUUGAUCGGAAUGCUGGGUUGCUCGAAUCCUUGCCUACUGUGUUCCUAUUUGCACAUCAUGCGUACUGUUUGCAACAUCUCCAAGCAAAUUUGAGAGACAAAUUACGGGGCGAAUGGUAUGGGGAGAUGACCUCCAACGCUGCAGAAUCAUUCAAUAAAUGGAUACUUGAUGCCCGUAAUUACCCAAUCACUAGGUUGGUUGAUACAAUAAAAAAUCAGAUAAUGACAAUGAGGGCUGAUCGUAAAUUAUUGGCUACUAAUUGGAAUGACUUACUUUGUCCAAAAAUGGAAAGCUGUGUUAGGGAGGCGUAUUCCAAUGGUUGCACAUGGAUUGUUAGCCAGGCAAAUGAAAACAUAUACGAGGUCCAUUCAUUUCCAACAGUGUUGGUAGACAUUGACAAGCGUUUAUAUUCAUGUUUCCAGUGGCAAUUGAAUGGAUUCCCAUGUGCACAUGCAGUGGUUGCAAAGCAGAAUAGUGGAAGGGAUUUUACAUGUGUUGAACCAUUUUUCACCGUUGAUCAGUACAAAGCAGCUUAUUUCGGAUACAUUCAGCCAAUACCAACAGUUGACAAACCGUCCUGCUCGGAAGAUGACUUCGUCAUAUAUCCACUAGCAGUUAAACGUCCUCCAGGGCGACCAAAGAAGAAUUGGAUACCAUCUCGGGGAGAGAAACUAAGUCAGAUUAGGUGCGAUCGAUGUGGCCGUAUGGGCAGCCACAACCGAAAGACAUGUAAAGAACCAAUUUAG